AUGUUACCUUUUCUUUUAACAUUUUUACUUGACAUUUUAUUUAUUAAUGAUAUUCAUGCACAAGAAUGGCAAUGCUACGAUGUAUUAAAACAAUGCAUCAGUGGUAAUAGUAAUUUGCUCGAUAUCAAUAUGAUUAAUUCUAGUAAUAUCAAUCAUUUUUGUGAAACCUAUACACAAUUAAUUAUUCCAUGUUUAGCAAAAAGAAUGAAUGAGAAGCCGGGUGUUACCUAUCGUGAAAGGUAUCUUUUCCGGAAAUGCAUAGAAAAUGAUCUGUCGAGACAAAAUGAUUCGGGAAUUAUGAUGAACACAGUUAAAAUUCUACGUUUAUACCUAUACAGCUGCAUUUAUAAUAGUAUGGCAGAUAUGUCGCAAAGCAAUUGCUUUAUUAAACUGGUUCAAAAUUGUGUAGAAAAAAUUCCAACAACUCGUAAAUGUUACUACUGGCCUUGUAAAAGUCAAGAUUUUCUGACGCUUAAACGAUCCAAUUUAAUACUUCCAAAAGAGGACGAAGAAGAUAAAGACGAUGAAGAUUACAAUGAAGCCAAAAACAGUUAUGAUGGUGAUCAUAAAACUGGGAAAUGGAAGAGUAGCAGAGUUCAGAUUACAAACAAUUCUGUCACUCCAAACGGAAACAGUCAAAUAAUGAAACAGAAAUUUGCCGUUUAUUUCAUUGCAUUUGUAUCGAUCACAAAAUAUUUCAUUUUGAAUUGA